AUGGAUUUCGCAGUUGUGUUGCUUUCUCUCACGGUUCUUCAGCUGUUGCGCGUAGAUGGAGCAGCGGUUUUCCAGCUCAAACACAGAUUUUUCGAGCAUCACAAUCCAGCUUCCAGAGGGAUUAGCGAGGACCAUUUUAAAAGGCUUGUCGAGCAGAAUAUGAGACGAGGGAGGUCUCUUGCUAGUGUCGAGUUUGGACUGGAAGGAGGCUAUUCGGAAUUUGGACUUUACUACACGGAAGUGGAACUGGGAAGUCCAUUCCAGAAGCUGAAAGUUAUAGUGGACACGGGGAGCAACAUCUUCUGGGUCAAGUGUAAGCCUUGUCAGUCCUGCUUGAAUCCGGAAGAUGAUUCCAGCCCCUCUCAAACACUUUUCGACACGAAUUCUUCGUCCACUCUUGCUUGGUCGAGAUGCUCGGACCCUCUUUGUGAUCCACACCAGUGCCAGAAUAAAAGCGUGAACAGCGUUUGCUCUUUCGAGAUUGGCUAUGGAGACAACUCGUCCUCCUCAGGUGCGUUUGUGAGGGAUAAUAUCAGCUUGGUUUUGCGAGAUCAAGGCAGGGGUGAUAAAACUUCCCAGAUUUUUCUCGGGUGUGCGAAUUAUAUCUCUGGUAGCUGGCCAGGUGAUGGGGUUAUGGGAUUUGGACCGCUUCCGCUGGCCGCACCGUCCCAGAUUGCAGCUCAGAGGAAUCUCACCAAAAUUUUCUCGCAUUGCUUAAGCGGAGAGAGAGAUGGUGGUGGAGUUCUUGCGCUUGGAGAAUCUCCUCCAGAGCUAGGAAUGGUUUACACUCCUCUCCUGAACACCUCAGGCUAUUACAGCGUGAUUCUACUCGGCAUUUCUGUCAACGCUAAGAUCCUCCCGAUCGACACAAAGGAUUUUUUAUACACCAGGAACACUAGCGGGACUCACGGAGUCAUUUUUGACAGCGGCACAACAUUUGCGACACUUUCGACUGCAGCGAAUAAUCUUCUUUUCCAGACCAUCUUAAACUUAACCAGCGCUACAGUAGCGUCUGACAUCAACGAAACUCGGUGCUUCCAUGUUAGAACCAGCCUCGGUUCGUCUUUUCCAAACAUCACUCUUUUCUUCCAAGGUGGAGCGUCCAUGAGCUUGACCCCUGAAAACUACUUGGCACCUGUCACCACAAACCAGAAAAUUCACGUCUACUGCUACGUAUGGCAAUCGUCUGGCGAUCUCACUGUCUUGGGAGAAAUCGUCCUCAAAGACAAGCUGGUGGUUUACGACCUCGAAAACUCCCGAGUUGGAUGGAAGAAAGGCCAUCGCGAUUGUCACAAGCAAUAACAAGAGAUUUUCUAUCGCCUCCCAAAGCUACAAAGCGUAGAAAAGCUAUAGAAUUCUUCUUGAGAAUUUGGAUGGAGAUAGAGUUCGUGUUUGUCUAAAAUGCUUGGAACUUAUAUUAGCAUGUCCGUACCAAUGUCAAAAGAGAAUUCGUCGCGA